AACGCAGAAUCUCCGCCUCUCUAUACACAGACAAAGCUGUUAGGGUAGGGCAACAGUAACUGACACUAACUCGAUGGCUCAAACCAGUCCAAACAGAAGAGUUCACGACUGGUCGAGUCUUCAUCAAGAUAUUGUCGACUCGAUCGCCAAACGAAUAGUCUCUCGGGCGGAUUUGAUUGCUUUUGCCGCAGUUUGUAAAGCAUGGAGAUCAGCUGCCAUCAAAGAAUACUUUACCAGCCGAUCAACACUGAAAUCUCCAGUGCUUAUGAUCCAAGCCAAGAACAAGGAGAAGGGCACUCCCACCCCUGAAUUCUACAACAGCUCAAAGAGUACGUGGUCAAAGGGUACGUUUCACAAACUUGGUCUGCUCGCACCCAAGAAAACAAAGCAGUCUUUUUAUUCUUCUCUAGGCUGGCUGGUGGCUGUGUCUGCGGAUUUGAAGGUUGAUCUGCUGCACCCUUUAAGCCAUGACCAGAUUGAACUUCCAGAUAUUAACAAAGUCAGAAACCAUCACCAGCAACAGAGCUUUUCCGGCGUGCCGUACGAGUUCAUAGCUAGUAAGUUUGUCUUGUCAUCAAGCCCUUCUUGGACGUGUGAUUAUAUAGUGACUGUUAUUUAUAGGAUUUUGGGAGGCUGGGGUUUUUGGAGACCAGGAGAAGAUGAAUGGACCAGUGUGGGGAGGAAUAUAAUGGAUCUUGCUUAUUAUAAAGGGCAGUUUUAUGCUGUGGACUUUGAUGGGAAUAUAAUGGUUUGUGAGAUUGCAGAGCCUGAGCAACCAAAAAUGAGGAUUGUUGUUCCGAAAGUGCCAAUGGAACCCAUGUGUGCUUCUGUUGAUCAAAGCCUUUAUCUGGUGGAAUCACAAGGGGCCUUGUUGGUGGUUCUGCGUCUUAGGCAAUGGUUCAGUUCAACAACUGAGUUUAGGGUUUUCAAUGUGCCAUUGGAGGGUCGUGGCAAGUGCUGGUGCCAUUGGUCGGAUUUGCAGGUAAAGAACUUGGGUGACAGUACCCUAUUUCUGGGACGCCAUAAUUCUUCCUUCUCUAUCGAAUGCAAGAAGAACAAGAACUUUGUAUGUUUGGGGAAUAGCAUUUGCUUCACGGUUGAUUUUUGUGAGUGUCUCGCACUUACCAAUGGAGAUAUGGACGCCAGUUAUUUUGUUUUCAAUAUGACAGAUGGGAAAAUGAAGCCUUGCUUGGGCAAACGCCUCAAUUUAAGAGCGCCAUAUUUAUGGAUUCAAGCACCAUUUUAAAGCCUUAGGUGAUUGUUGUAUUUUAAAAUCUCAUCUUUGGAUAAUCAAGCCAUGUUGGGUAAAAUUGGUUGGAGAUUACAUGCUAAAGAUAAGGGUUUGUGGGCUAAAUUUUUUGAGGAUAAGUAUCUGAAAGGCUGCUCUAUUUUGGAUAAUUCUCUGGAGGUUAGGAAGGAUUGUUCUGCCACUUGGAUGGGAAUUUUACAUGGCUCUAAGCGUCUUUUGCAGGGGAUGACUGGGCGAAUUGGUAUGGGGGAUAAGGUGAAGUUUUGGACUGAUAAAUGGUUGUCUGAUGUGCCUUUGAUACAUUAUGAGGGGGUGGUAGAGUUGUUGGACCUUGAUUGUCCUGUGUCAAGUUUCUUUAAACAGGGAUGGUGGGAUAUUAAGAAGCUGAGAGCUACUGUGCCUGAAGAGGUGGUGCAAAAGGUUAUUAGUUUCUCUUCUGGGUUUAAUAGUAAUUUGGAGGAUUCUCAGAUUUGGAAGCCUAAUGCCAAUGGGAUUUUUACUGUAAAAUCUGCUGAUCAAUUGCUUUUUGGAAGUCUUCGUGGCAGUUGAAACUUUCCCCCAAGUUGUAAGUUUUUAUCUGGCUUGCGUACCAGGAUAAAAUUAUUUCUAAUGAUCAGAGAGUUCAGAGGCAUUUAUCUAUGGAUUCUUCUUGUUCCUUAAAUGCUGUCCAUAUUCUCAGAGAUUGUAGUAAAGCCAAAGAGGUUUGGAGCUAUUUUUUGCAUCACAGUCAAGACAUUCAUUUCUUCUCUGCUGAUUUUUAGCAUUGGCUUAAGAAUAAUAUUUUCUCCAAGGCUUGUUGGUCUGGGAGCAUAUCUUGGAGUUCUGUGUUUGUGUUUAUUUGUUGGUAUUUGUGGAAAUGGAGAAACCAAUUUAUUUUUAAUGCUGAGGAGGUUGUUCCUUCUAAUCCGAGGCAGAUUAUUCUCUCUGCUGUUUCUGAGUGGAGCAAGGCUUCUUGUGGUUGUAGAGCAGUUGGGGAGAAAGUGCAAUCUCCUUUGGCUUGGGAUUUUCCUGGGACUGCAGUGGUCAAACUUAAUGUGGAUGGGUCUCAUAAAGCGGCUUUUGGGAAUAUUGGUGCUGGAGGCGUUCUUCGUGAUAGCAAAGGGGAAUGGCUUGGGGGAUUUGCUGUGAAUCUGGGGAAGGGCCAAACAUCUCCUUGCUGGUCUGCUGUGUAACUGCUGUGAUUUUCUUAGGCAGUUUGAGACGUACAAGAUUCACCAUAUUUUCAGAGAGAAGAAUUGCCUUGCUGACUGCCUUUCAAACUGGAGUUACAAUCUGGAUUAGGUAUUUGUUUCUUUGACACUGCUCCUGUUUGGGGUAGUGAAGCAUUGGUUGAUGAUUUGUUAGGCAUUUCUCGUGCUCAUUUGAUUGGUAUUGGAAGAGUGUAGCUGUUUUGGGGGUCUUCCCCCCUAUUUCAUUUAUGAAAAAAUCUCAUCUUU